CCCCGCGCUAUUUUUCAGCGUCCUCGCGCCCUCGUAUCGACGCCUCGAGGCGAGAUCCCUCGCGCACGAGAGGCCGUGGCGUGGACACGGGGUUCCGGUGGCGCUGGCAGCGCCGCCGUGUCGUGGAAGAAGAGCGGAGAGACAGAGGUGCGGUGUUGCGUGACUGGGUGCGAGCGAUCGUAGCGCGUGUGUGUUUGUUGUGUUGCGAGAGUAUCUUAGGCGAGUUUGAAAUUCUUCGUAUUCUCCUCUUCGUGCGCGGGGACUGACGAGCGAAGCUCGAGGGGGCCAAAGGUACACCCGGAGAAACGGAGAAGAGAGAGCGUGAACGAGAGAGAGAGAGAGUGAGAGAGAGCGAGCGAGAGGGGGAGCACGCGUCGGUAGGAGCGAGAGACGAGAAAGGGGAGCAUCUUGUCGCCCGAUCCGCUGACAGGGGAUCAUCCGCGAGAUCACCGUCGACUGGGACAGCAUGUCGUCCUACAUCCAGGUCGCCGAGGACGAGGGCGAGGAGCCCAUCGAGCUGCCCACCGAGGACGACACCACGCUCCUGCUCACCACCCUGUCCGCCCAAUUCCCCGGCACCUGCGGCCUCAAGUAUCGCAAUCCGGAGUCGCGGACGAUGCGCGGCGUCCGACUGGUUGACGGUCGUCUACAUCCGCCCGAGAACGGCUGGGGCAAAGCGAUCUACUUCUGCGUGUUCCCCAAAGAGAACAAACGUAAAUCUGAUGACAAUUUGGAAAAUUCCACAGCUAAGACUAAAAGAAUGGAAACGAAGUUGCGUUGCACUGACUUGAUUGUACUCGGUUUGCCAUGGAAAACUACCGAACAGAACUUGCGCGAGUAUUUCGAAACGUUUGGUGAAGUUUUAAUGGCUCAGGUAAAGAAAGAUGCAAAAUCUGGGCAAAGCAAAGGAUUUGGCUUUAUUAGAUUUGGAAGUUAUGAAUCGCAGUUGAGAUGCCUCGCUCAACGUCAUAUGAUAGAUGGCAGAUGGUGCGAUGUCAAGGUUCCCAACAGUAAGGAGGGAAUGAUUCAGCAAGUACCCUGCAAGGUAUUCGUCGGCCGCUGUACAGAAGACCUAACCGCUGAUGAUCUGCGAGACUAUUUCUCCAAAUUUGGCGAAGUCACGGACGUGUUCAUCCCGAAACCCUUCCGCGCGUUCUCGUUUGUCACUUUCCUAGAUCCCGAGGUCGCCCAAUCGCUGUGCGGCGAGGAUCACAUUAUCAAGGGCGUAUCGGUACAUGUGUCGAAUGCCGCGCCCAAGUCCGAGGGCAAUAAUAAGAACUUCAACAAUCAAGUGAAUUCAAACAUGAGGGGUGGCAGGGGCGCACCGGGACCCGUUGAUAAUAAUGUGCAAGGCAAUUAUCAGGGUAAUCGUUAUAUGGGUCACUCGGGCAAUAAUAUGGGCCCAAACGGCUGGAACAAUCCAGGCAAUCGUGGCAAUCUCGAUAUGCCGAAUUUGCAGGCCCUAGGUAUUACAGGGCAGAACAAUGGCGGUGGCGGAGGCGGCGGUAUGUCAAAUCCGCUGGCUAUGGGCGGUUUGAAUCUGUCCGCGUUGCCGGUCAAUCCGGCAUUGGUGGCCGCCGCCUUGAACCAAGCGUCCUGGGGUCUGAUCGGCAACCUGCAGAACCAGGGAAACGACCAGGGUUAUUCGAAUCAGCCGGGUCCGCCGGGCCAGCCGCCCUCCGGUAAUAAUAGCAUCGGUAACAGUGGUAACUCUGGCUUUCUCAGCUGGAUGAAUCAAGGCGGCGGUGACGGCAAUACCGGCAAUCCCGGCACCGGUGGGCCCGGGCCGAAUAACCCAAACGCAUCUCAGGGCGCCUGGCAAAAUCAUCCGGGCCAGCGCGAUCAAAAGUCGAAUACCUUUCUCAAGUACGAGUAAAUUCAGCCGGGGCCGUGAGUCUACUCGUAAAACCAAACGGAUCCUCUAUCCACGGGUCCCGACGCAAGAACCUUGACAAAUCUGAUGGCAAAUGAGGGGCGGGUCGAGAGUACAAAAAAACGCGCAUCGACCCCGUCAACAGGAUAAAGAACCAGAGCCUAUAGUACGUUGACAUUUUUUCUAAUGUUUUGCACUAAUCUGCCACUACUGCGUGUAUUAUAAUAUUUCGAGACUCUCCCCACUCUCUUAAUGGUUUGACGAAUUAGCACAAUUCCAAUUCGUUAAAAGAGUUUAGGCUUACGUGUAAUGCGUGGAUAGCUUCGAUCAUCAUGCGUGUUUUUGUGUGAAGUGUACGAUCUAACGGCUAAUGAAAAAAUCGAUAUGUAUGAUGUUAAUGUAUGCGAACGAUAUAGUGUUGCAAGGAUGUAAUAAAAAAUGUUAUAAAACGUACAUGUAUGUGCUUUUAAUGUAACGUUUGGUACAUGAAUGGUUUAUACGUUAAGAGUAUCUAGGAGAUUUUUGAGUCCGAAAGAGACUUGUACUAUUUUAGUGUAUUAAUUAUAUAAUUAUUACGAUCAAAAAAAAAUAAUAAAAUAUAUAGAAAAACAUAUAUUCGCAUAUAAAAUAAAUCAUUACUGCCAUCGUAUAGACAUCAUAAAGGAUAAUUAGAAGACUGCAGCAUUUGCAUUAUUUUUCCGUAAUUAAUUCGAGAGAGAGAGAGAGAGAGAGAGAGCAAUCGAGCAAUUAUUAAAUUAUCAAAAAGUUGGAAAUAGAUCAAGUCUUUCUUCGUCACACAAAUCUCCAAUAUAUAAAGGGGAUUUUAGAAAUGUAAAUAUUUUCUAAUCUAUUUGAGGUUUAAUCGCAUCUUUAGUUUAAUUGUUAGUCACGAUUAGUAAAUUUUCUUUUCCCUUUAUAUAUACAUUUAUAUGGAAAAGAGGAGACUGAAAAAUGAAUCAGCGAAAUCAUGUUAGUUAACCAUGAUUAUCGAUGUAUCAAGCGCAAUAUGGCAAUAGACACGAAAUCAUGAUUUAUCAAUAUUAAUUGAUUUAUCAUGUUUAAUCGAGAGUUGGAUUGCCAGGCGUUGCUGUUUGUAAAAAGUUUAUUCGUUAUAUAAUAAGAUAUAUCAAUCGCGCCAUCACAUUUUGACAAUGUUAAAAGCCACGCAAGAUGUUUCUUUUGAACAAAAAUCUCUUGACUAGGUUACAAAGUCAAUUUGUUCAUCGUAUAUUCACAUUAUAUUCCAAGGAUUUUUUAAUUCGAGGAACGUGAUGUGUAAAUACAAAUUUUUUGUUAUUUAUGAAAGUAAUUUUCUUUUGAAAAGGAAUACUUUGAAACAUGGAUGUAUAUAAUUAACAAUAUACAUUAUAUAUGUCUAUGGCUUCGCAGUCGUGUGUUUUUAAAACAUUUUUACUUUUAGGUAUAUAAAAAUUUUCAAAACUUUUCUGACAUGCAUAAUAUCUUACCUCGCAAUUUUCUUCGUAACAUACUAUUCUAUAGUAAAUUCUUAUCAUUCAAUUCUUUAAAGAUCCGUUUUCAAAAAUAAUGCUGAAUAAGUGAUAUUUUAACUCAGACAAUGGUUAUAUUGACAUUGAAUGUCAUAAAAUAGACUGAUAUAACAAGAAACAUUUUGUAAUACGAGAAAAAAAGAUCAUUUUUAAAUGUCUAAAAAGUAAAUCAACAAAGUUAAUUUGAUUAUCUUUUUAGGCAUUAUUAACAGAUUGAAAAUUUUCUUUGAUUGUGGUGCAAAGUUACCUCCGUUGGCGCAAUCUUAUUAUAUCUUACAAUAGUUACUUUUCUAUUUUGUGGAAGAUUGCUAAAACAUUGAUUCCUUGACAUAAAGCGAUAAGUAUGACUGUUUGAAAACGUAUGAAUGUAUUGAAGUAACUCGCAAGACACCUAGAGAUUGAUCGCAGCUAUCCGUAUUGUAUAUUAUUAUACCGAUUUUUGAACUUAUGUUUCAAAUAUCUUAAAUGUAACACAUAAGUAGUCUAUUAUGUGAGAAUUUUACACCGAUGUAUGCAAGUGUGUCAAAAUUAUUGAUUGAUUGCGCGUGAAAGAAGACAUUUGAAUUGAUCAGAUUUUUCUAUUUUAAUUGAGCGAUCUUUCAAGCAAACAACAGAAAGAAAACGCGUGCACGCGAUUUAGAUGUCUUAUAUGCAGAGUCGGGAUAUCGAUAUCAUUUUCCCUACUCCAAGUGCAUGCACUUGAAGUAGGGAAAACGGCACCGAGAUCCCAACUCUGCUUAUAUGUAUGUGUAUAAUGUGCCGCAAGUUUUGAGUGAAUAUCUUUGAUAGGACAGACUUUUAAAGUGUUUCUCCUAUGAUAAUAAAAAUAAUAAAAGAAAUAGCUUUACAUACAGGUUGAAAAUAUUUAUUUUUCAAAAAAAAGAAAACGAAAGAAAGAAAAAGAAAGAGACAAGUUAGCAACACACGAUGAGUAAAAAUGCUAUUCACAUUUCACAAUUAUAGUCAAUAACUUUAACAUACGGAAUAGUUACGUCGUAAUUAAACUUAAAAAUCGCAUCCAUCACCGCGAUAUCACUGUGUACGCUACCAUUAAAAGAAUUAUUUAGAUUGAAACUCUAUCUCAGAGAGAAUACACUAAUUAUCUAAUUAUAUUAAUUGAAAAAAUAAAAUAAUCCUUGUAAGAGGUGUAUGUGCUGUUGUGCUUUUCAUUUAUCAUACGGUGAUUUCUCAUAAACUUCCUAUACUUGACGCAAAAUAUUACUUAAUAAUACCAUUUUCUAAGGAUAAUACUCUCUCGCACUCUUUCUCUCUCAUUAUAUAGCGUGAGUUCUCGUCGAUAUGCGUGUAUAGAAAAAAAAAGUCUCCUCUAUGAAAACGUCGAUUGGAUUGUUCGACGCACGUGUAUGUGUGUAUAUGACGGUCGAAUGUAUUUGUUAACGGUCGUCUCAGAACUACAGGCGUGACAGAGUUUUUACUAUUAGCGAAAGUAAUGAUAAAAUGAACACGUGUACUUUGCAGCGCGAGAUGAAGCAAUGAGAUGACUGAAUAAUAAUAUAUAAAGCGUGCGCGGGAAAUUAUAUACGGUUUAAGUCUUAGAUGAGAAUGAGCAAAAAAAAUCGUCCAAUGUGUGUCUGAUGUAUACUUAGAGACCGCGCGAGAAGAGAUUGUUUAUAUACGUAGUAUAUGUAAAAAGAAAAAAAAAGUUAAACCAGGUUCCGGUCAAGAGAUGGACGGUAUGGAUUUCAUUGAUCGCGCAUUCUUACGUCUGUAAAUUGUUAAAUCGAUUUACAUAAAAGUGCUGUAGUUUAAGACAACUUUUAACAGACACUAGAACCGUACCUAGCUUGUCACUAAAUUGGCACGAAUGUUCGCGCUUUAAUUUUUUAACGUCUGGAGAUAUUUUCAGGGAAUAUAUUCACAGUUCCUUACGAUAUAAAAAAUAAAUAGAAUAAAAUAAAGACUCAAGAAGAUGAUAUCGUUGGUUAUACAAUGGACAAUAGUUAAUUGAGUUCGAACAUUCGUGCGUGAGUCGUGAUUAUGGACUACGUGAUCUGACAAUCAAAUUCGUAGACACUUUUUUUUCUUCUUUCUACGUAAAAUAUGCAGUUAAUUUUUUAUCCGCUAAAUUUCAUAGGGUAGUAUAAACAUGCUCAGAUAAUUGUUUAGAAAAGAGCAAAGAAUCAACAUUGUAUAAAUAUUCGCAGAGAAUCAUCAUUGUAUAAAUAUUCGCGUUUAAUUUGAAGAAAAUGAAAAAGAAAUUAUAUAAAUAUGUUCUAAGAUAAGAUCCUAUAUUCUCCUUAAAAAGAUAAUAUAUAAAAUUCAAUUAAACUCCAAUACAUUUCGUCUUUAUUGAACAAAAAAUGAAUUGUAUUGGAGUUUAAAUAAAUUUUGCCUAUGAUUCUAAUUGUCAGAUCAUGUAUUUUUUUUUUCAAAUUGUUUAAGAUAGCGAUGCCUACGAUGUUGACAUCUUCGUGAUCCCUCAAUUAGUUUCGUGAGGUUUCGCGCGCGAUGUGAGUGCUCGAUGCUCAAAGGAUGCCUUGCAAAACGAUUUGGAAGUGAUCUACGAAGCAUGUAAAUACGGAUUGAUACAAAGCAAUUUUAAUAUCGCUCAGAAAAUGUAACGAAUUUUAUUGUAGAGUUAGUUGCGCUCUGUAAAUCGCUCGGUAUUGUUGUGUCUCGAGAGAGAGAGAAAGAGAGGAAAUGAAAAACUGUGCAUGACAAGUCCGAGACGUGUGUCGUGUGAGAAUGUUGAUUUUAAUCCGUCGAUCUCUCGGUUGUUGAGUUAGAGGGGAAGGGCCGGGGGGGAGAGGAGAUUUGGAGUCUCGUCGAAAAAGGACCGAAACCGACGAAUCCGACGUUCUUUUAAGAUACAAUAAUAAGUCGAAUAAGAAUUGAUGUCGAGAAUUUUUUUAUAUGUGUAUGAUCUCGUAACUUUUGUGCGUGUCGAAAUUCAUUGGAAAAAAAAAAUGUUGCAAUAUCCUUUUGUCCACGACGAGAAUUACCAUGUGUUGCGCGAAACUUUGUAGGUAUGAAUAUUAAUCCGACGAUCGCAAACGGCACUCGUACGUAUGUUUCCCGAUUCGUACCCCGAGUUUCAACAUAAAAUUGUCAAAUGUCUCGACAAGUUUGCCGUGAUGCGAAAAUACUCAAUGCUCUCCGUAACGUUCUCCGUUGAUUGUAGUGUAUGUUAAACUAUGCCGAGAAUAAAAGACCCAAGCACCGUGGGGUAUCACAGAUUCCUUCGCGUGCCUUU